AUUAGUCGACCGACCUAGUCUACAAAUACAAGAGAAAGAGACUACUAAGUUGUGACCCCUCUCGGGUAGAUAAGUUUUGACUACUCAUACUCGUGCCAACAUCAGCCAAGUGCUACGUACUUACUUAAUAGCUGAACUCUAGACACAAGCGGUUGCCACGCUAACACGUCGAAAGAUGGACAAAAGUAGCACUAUCUUUCUAGCUGUUGCCUUUAUUUGUCGAAUUAUCGUGGUAGAGCUAGACAACUAGAGUUACGAACUUGUCUCAUUGACAGCGUUACUUUUGUAGAGAUAGAAAGCUAUUGAAAAAGUAUAAAGGCUCUGGCAUUCCGCUAGAAAGAAAAUAGAAGUCAAACAAGUCCACAUAGCUUCAUCCUGUGGCUAAUUUGACACGCCGCCCACUAGAGCGUCGCAGGGGUCAGUAGCCCGCUCUGGUUCGUCAUCAAGUAGAUUACUCAGCUUUGACGAAAUGCCAUUUACUCAGUAGCUACUUCCCUCCUCAGUAGUCUAACAGCUCGAGACAUUUUCAGUAGUCUGGCAGAGUACCUAUGACAACUUUAACUUGAAGGAGAACGAGUGGAACUAGAUAGCAAGAACUAACUGCGCAGCGUCUCGCUCUUUGCACUCAUUAUACUUCAAGAAGAACUCACUGGGCUACUAGCUGCAGAGCGAAAUAGCAGCACUACUACCAGCACCAAUCUGAAAAGACGUCGACGUGGAUACAGAACAGCAAUGACCUAACACAUAGCACAGCUCCAGCAUCUUCUUCGUACUACAAGAAGUGCCAAAAUGCCGUGCGCCACCAAGGCUAAGAACAAAGAGCCACAGUCCGCACUAACACCACGACAAAAGUGCAUGUGGCUGAAGAUUGAGGAGAAUAGAAAGAGGAGCGGAGAUCCUCCUGCCUUAGGUAAGAAGCUGUUCGAGGACUUGGCUAAGAAGGUGAAUGCCUCCGAGCGGCCUUGGCUACUCGAUUACGAUACUGGCCUUGGCCUCCGACCACACGGAUCCUUCUCGACAACGACGCAGAACAUCCAGUACUACAAGCGCCAGAGGAGAUCAGACUGGGCGGCGUCCUCUUUGUCUUCCAAUUUGCACAUAACAAGAAUCCUCUCGGCCGGCCCCCUGCUUAUCGACCAGUUGUCAGCAAUCGCGUUCCAUGGCCGGCUAAACUUCCGCUACAUGGACAAGGGCGCCCACAAUGAUCAAACUAAAAGCGCUAGGUGUGGCGGCUGGGAGUCAGUGAGAAAAGUGCACAGCUUUGAGGAUGUCAACGACUUCAAAGAGCCCAGAUCAGAGCAGAGGAGGAGACAGAUCCGCAACUACAACCUGAGACGGGCAGGCCUCAAUACUGACAAACCGGAGAGCGCAGGCACCUCCGCAUAGCAGUUUUAGGGAAGGCGAAAGCCUAAUCCUCGUCGCGCGGUCUGGCGAGCCUAGAAGAUUUCCGGGAAAGAGCUGCCCCCAAGGCUGCGCGCGCGGUCUGGUGGUCCCCUAGAUUAGGCGAAGAAACUGCACUGGGGUUAGGUGGUGUAGAGGCUGCACUACAAUGCUAAGCGUCACACAGUAGAGCCCACGGAGAUUACACACUUGACCCGGGUCAGAUUAGAUAGAGGCACAAAGAAACUACUCUGAAUUAGCAGGGUGCUGCGAUAUUGGUGUAAAAUAUAAUGGGCAGCCAAUCUAAAUCGUUCGGCUUCGCACGUCUGUGAUGUUGGUACUUAGAGACUGCGGCUAUGUUUUGUUGGCCUUGGCGCAGAGGUGGCUGGUAGACGUAAAGAGCUUGACUUAACGCAUUACUUUACUCUGGCUGUGUUUAGUUGGGGCGCAGAGUCAGUGGCUGAUGGCAUAGAGCUCAACAGCUUGGGCUUACACAUUCUGGCCCUUCUUGGCCGUGUUUACUCGCGGCGCGUCGACGAGGCGUGCCUCGCGUGAUCUGCUUCAGAGGGCCUUCAGUUUAGACUUAGAUUAUUUAGGUUGCCUCAUGCGUCGGCGACUUAUUAUUGCUUUCGAUUGGCUUUUCUUGAUUUAGAUCAAGACGGUGCUAAUUGGUGCCAGUUUCGAUUGCCUUACCGAUUGACUUUUUGACUUAGAUUAAGACGGUGCACACUGGUGGCAGCUUAGAGCGCCUCUUCGAUGGGCUUAGAUUAUCUAGAUUGCCUCGCCGAUUGCUUGUUUUUGAUUAUUUAGAGCUAGACUAUUUGGAUUAAUUAUAACUCUGCGGCUAGUUGUCUGUGCUAACUGGUGGGGGUUAAAGGCUUUAGACAUUAAGUAGCGCGACUUAAUCCAACAGGGCCGAAGGUCGCAGGCGUGUUCAUCAGCUACGAACCGGACAGCUUCGGCGCUAAUGGUGUGACUUAACACAAAGAGGCAGGGCGCCGCGUUUACUUGAGGCGCGGGGGCCUUCUACUAGUGUGCUCACUUGAGGCGCGUCCUUCUGGAUGGUUUGGCGCCGUUCUUCGGCCACUCUUGCCUCAGCUUGCUGAGUAGGUCGCUCUGCCAGCUUGUUGGCCUCGUUCUGAUCGUUUUCGUUAUAUCGUUCGGGUUGCCUAAGUGAUCCUCGUCUGUGCCUCCGUUUUUGUUUGAUUCGUAGCCAAAGAACGCUGCGCGCAUUCAUUGCCUUUCGCCAUGGCGCCAUCCGCUUCAUCUCCAUCGCGUCCAUAUGGCUACACUCAGCUCAUUGCUGUAAAGUAAAAAAGGGAGAGCGGCGCAAUGUUAACGAUAGCACACCCGCCAGAGUUACAGUUAAUCCCUUAGGCGGUGUAGUUGUAGCUUCUACUGUUUUAAAUCAUGCCGCGCAGUCUUACCAAAUUUAGAAUUAGAGUCGCCGCAUUCAGAGCGCGGCACCGACUGAGUUGGAAUUAUCUAGGGUGAUCAACGUACUGGCGUCAUUUGCUGACGAACUUACUGACCUCAUUCCAUGCAGCGUCUUGGCCUUUUUUGCAUCCUAGUCAAUUUUUGCAAGGCUCUGCGUCUUCGUUCCCUUAAGUGUGGAAUUUUCUUAAAGGAUCUUGAUUCGUCUUAAUCUUGCCGCGAAAGAUUAGUCGCCCCUUGUGGCUCCCUCGCUCUGCCAUGAUUCGCGAGAACUCCCUGCAUGUUGUCUGAAGAGGCUGAGCUAUUAUUCUUGAAAAAGCUGCAGGAUCGCCUUCAUGGGCUGGGCGUGUCUCGCUCUCGUAGACAAAUGCGCUCGGGCGUGAGCGUGGAGGCUUUUUUGUGCUGCGCGAGAAAGUGCGGCGGGCUUAAUGAAUGAAAUGGGAGCGGGGUGAUGUUGUUUUGCAGUCGUGCCUCUUGACUAGCGUCGGCAUUUGGUAGAACAACGAGAGAGAAACGAGUGAAGGCUAUGCCUAUGAUGACGCUGGCCUGAUGCCUUUGUUCUCCGUCGGGUUUGUCCGCUAAUUUUCCCCUGAGGAACACAAAACACGACGAAGAAAACGCUAGCUCUCGCGUGUAAUUAUGUAACUAACAAAGUAGUUGAAAUUUUUCCGCCUUUUGCUUGGUACAUAGAUACGCAUAGGUAGCACAGUCAAGACUCAAACAUCAUGGGGAAUCUCGUCGUGCGCCUUGAUCUGGGCCAAGAAUCUGGCGCAGAAGUGAAGCAGGCGCCGAAAGCAGACGCCAGCGCCAAACACACUACCCCCGCGGCGGGGCUUGGUGCUGAUCUUGUCUCUCUCGACAUUUCUCCGGCUUGUGAGGAACUGCCGCGCAAAGAACCAGCACCGCAAGACGCAAAGGCGCAGAAGCAGAAGGGGGACCCGUUGGUGAAGGGUCCAUGCAAGGUGUUAACUGAAGAAUCGUAUGCUACUAUGUUGCUUUUGUCUUCUAGUGGGUAUAGCGCGUUACUUUUCUAGUCGUGUUAUGAGAUGAAUAGAAAAAUAUAGCUUGGCUACAUCGCAUCCAUGUCAUCCGCAUGGCAACCAGUCGCUCCUAUGGCAAUCGCCAGCAUAAUGUGCCUGAAACUGCAACAAAGGUAACGCGAAUGAUUUCGGAGCUGGUGUGCAGCGAGCCGAGGCACUUGCGACGCCAACUACAAGCCCUCGGCGUUUCUGUGGCUGACAGCGAAAAAAGCCGUGCCUUGCUUGCUGUAAUGAUCUGCUAGGGCAGCAAUACAGUUAGAAAGUCUUAAGUUUUGUGUGGAUUGGAUUACUUGCUUAGCCUUUGGAUGGUGCAUAGUUACAGGCUACUUGAGCACGUCUAGACUUUUUGUCGUUGGUUUUUAGGGCCAUAGACUGGCUGAGAAGCAAGCGUAGCCUCUUGGUCCUUGUGUGUAUGUUGAAGAGAAACCAUCCUACUCACGACUGGCUCUCAUUGGCAGACGCCUCUAAUUUUGCUUGAAGCGAUACGAUGGCGACAAGGACUUGGUGAAGAUGGCGCUCCUGAAAGAAUUGAAGCGCCUUGUUGUGGAGAUUGACCGCCCCGACGCUGAAGUCAUUAGUCUGGCGGGCAAGAUUGGAGGCGUUUCCAGUUGGUUGGUGCAUCUAGGGUGAGAGCGCUGACGCAUCUGAUAAGUUACGAAUGGCCCGCUUUGUCAUUGAGGGCGCGACCUACGGCAGCGUGAGGAUGCUAGAACUAUAAACAGUAUUUUCAGUGAGUCCGUCCGUGGCUUGGUGUUCUCGCUCUGAGUCUACAUUUACUUUCACUGUGCUGCCCGUGACAGACAUUCAUUGAUCUUUCUAACAUGAAGCAGCCGGAUGGCUGGGUGUGGUGCGCGUUGGUUUGCGGAAGUUUGGAGGCGACGCGACUUGCGUGAACCAGCGGAAGCCGGACAGGGGCAGGGGGUGGGCUUGCUCGAAUGUUAACAAAGAUGAUUGCGUGUUGGACAGCUGUGCCACUACAGCAAAGGAGUUGAGAGGCAAUCUCUAUCACAAGAACAAUUUGAACUCUAUCACGAGAAAAGUUGGAACUUUAUCACAAGAGCAAUACAAUUUGAACCCUAUCACAAGAAAAGUUUGAACUUUAUCACAAGAACAAUUUGAUCACAAGAAGGCACUUUACCGCAUGAAACUGAGGAAAUUUAUCUCAGGAACAAUAUGGACAUCAUUGGCGAGUGCUGUUGUUAUUGAUCAUCGUGCACUUCCUAUUCUUUCGAUGAAGUGGAUUCGAGUAGAGAGGUGCGUGAAGGCUAAACGGCCUCAAAAGUGACACCAUAAGAGGUGGCGCGACAUGACAAGGG